AUGGCGUCACUGGCUUCUGCGGGAACCCUCGCAGUGCCACCUGUUUCCUCGCCGUCAGAUCCUGAAUGCAUGGAAAGGCCCGGAAAGAACCACAUGAUAAAAGAAUUGGAGGCCCGUGUUCAGCAGCUGACUGGAGAAGCAGAGAGCAGUAAUUUACAGAGGCAGAAAUUAAUUCAAGAAAAAUCGGAACUUGAAAGGUGUUACCAGAUAACAUGCAGUGAAUUACAAGAAGUAAAGGCAAGGCGCAACACAUUGCAUAAAGAGAAAGACCAUCUUGUAAAGGAUUAUGAGCAAAACGUGAAACUAUUACAAACCAAAUAUGAUGCUGAUGUAAACCUUCUAAAACAAGAGCAUGCUCUCGCAGCUUCUAAGGCAUCUAACAGGAUUGAAGAAUUAGAACAGACUGUCUGUCAACUAAAACAGCAGUUACAGGAAUCAGAACUUCAAAGAAAGCAGCAACUCAGUGAUCAAGAAAAUAAGUUUCAAAUGGAAAAAAGUCAUUUAAAACACACCUAUGAAAAAAAGGUUCAUGACUUGCAGAGUGAACUUGAUAAAGAAAAAGAAGAUGCUCACAAAAAAAUUCACAAACUUGAGGAAGGUUUGAGGGAGAAAGAGGAGCAACUAACUCGUGUGACUGAAGUUCAGAGGCUGCAAGCCCAGCAGGCAGAUGCUGCUCUGGAGGAGUUUAAGCGGCAGGUGGAGCUGAACUCAGAGAAAGUCUACGCUGACAUGAAGGAGCAGAUGGAAAAAGUGGAAGAAGACCUAACUAGAUCCAAAUCUCUUCGUGAGAAACAAUCAAAAGAGUUUUUAUGGCAGCUAGAGGAUAUCAAACAGCGAUAUGAACAGCAGAAUCCAGGGCGUGAAGCUCUGUUACAAGUCGCACACUGGCCCUGCAGGCCGCAGGUCAAGACUGGAUUCCGGGCCCUCAGGCUGCCCUAUCGAGACCAGUGCCCUGAAGCUGCAGAGCGGGGGCUCAUGGGUCCAGGCCGAGGGUGCAGACCCUGGAUUCUGAGAUGA